CUGGUAGUUUGGAUAACUUGUGAUGUUAAUAUUUAUGAUAAUGUAUAAACUUGAACAUAACAUAUAACUAUGAAAUAAACAACCAAUCAUGAGUUUGAAACGUUUCUCAUUGGUUUAUCUUUGUUCACGCAAAUGUUUGCACAAACUAAACAAGCAACUCGGUAAAGCCAAGUUACCCGCCCAUUUUACCUUAUAUUUAUUAUUGUUAACUUAGCAACUUAUGUGAACUUCAUUUUGUUGUUGCUUGUUUUAUUGUUCAAUUCAAUUUCAAUUCACGUUUUGUUCAAGUUAUGUGUGAAAAGGAGAAUCCAGUUUCUAUUUUUGAAUAUCAACUGCAACUUCAACUUUACGCUCAAGCGGCUCGACUUCGCCUGACCCAUCCUGGUUUGACUUACAACUUUGGUUAUCACCAUCCAGUGUUUACCGAAAGCUCGAUUCCACCUCACUUUGGUGGUCGCUUUAGGUUCAUCAAUGAAGAACCCAAGCCGCAACAUUCAUACAUUGGGCUGAUUGCAAUGGCCAUACUUAGUUCACCCGAACAACGGAUGGUUCUAAGUGACAUUUAUCAAUACAUUUUGGACAAUUAUCCCUACUUUCGUAACCGUGGUCAUGGAUGGAGAAACUCGAUUCGCCACAAUUUAUCGCUCAAUCCGUGUUUCAUUAAAUCAUCGCGCAGUGCCAAUGGUAAGGGACACUUUUGGAUCAUUCAUCCGGCCAACUUGGAGGAUUUUAAAAAGGGUGACUUUAGACGGAGAAAAGCUCAACGGAAGGCCGAGAAACACAACAGAUAUACAAUUGAUGAAGACGAUUCAUCUUUGGAGACACCGAUAAAGACGUCAAAUUCACCACCACCACUACCAGCACCCUCUUCCUCUUCACCAUCAGCUUCAGCUCAAGCAUCAACCGGUAAACCACAAGUCUCAACAUCUCAACCUUCAUCCACAUCAACCAACUCGUCAACACCAACAUCAACCGUAACCUGCUCGUCCACACCAACAUCAACAUCAACCAUCUCGUCCACACCAACACCAAUACCAACACCAACAUCAACAUCAUCCUCACCCUCUUCAUCAACAACUAUUAAAACAUCUCCCAUUAAGUAUACAAUUGAUUACAUUAUUUCCAAUUGAACAAACAAUUAAUUUGUUGAUAAUAUUGAAUGCUAAUAAAAAUUGAUCAAAUCCAUAA